AUGCAUCCCUGCCGCCGCUCCGCCUCUGGCUACCGCGGCGUUCGCACGCGGCCAAGCGGCCGCUUCGACGUCGAGAUUCGCUCCGGUGAGGAGCGCAUCCGCCUGGGCACCUUCGACAUGGCGCACGAGGUCGCGCGCGCCUACGACGCUGUCGCCUGGCGCCUCGGUCGCUACCGCCUCACAAUGAACUUCCACGAUGUGUGGACGCGAGAGCAGGCGGGGGAGCUCGCGCCGCCGUCGCCGGCCGUCACGCGCGAGCAGCAGCGGCGCCAGCGCGAGCUCGAGCAGCGGCUUCUCAUCGUGGAGCGCGACGAGCGCCUCCGCCUCGAGUGGGCGCGGCAAUUCCCGGAGGACAUCGCCGUGAUGGAGGCGUUCUACGCGCAGAAGGAGGAGCAGAAGGCGGCGGCGAAGCAGAAGGCGGACCGUGAGAAGCGCCGGGCGGAGUCGGCGGCGAGGGCGAAGAAGGCGGCGAGGAGGGCGGAGGAGAAGAAAAACCGGCGCCGGGCCGUUGACGAUCGUCCUCUCCUCCUCCUUCGAGUGGACGUCUACUCCAGUGAAUACGGACGCCCGCUUCACAAUGUGCCAGUUCGCCCAAUCGCUGUCCGGGAGCAGGCGAGCUCGUGA